AUGGAUUAUGCAGUAGUGAAAGGACUAACAAGGGGUGGUUCAACCCUGGAGUGGAUCAAUGUCAAGACUCUGGGCGAGGGUUCCUUUGGGGUUGUUCACUUGGUGAAACCAAUCAAACCUGAUCUUGAUCCAAUUUUUGCCGCAAAAUCUUGUCUUUACCAGGAGUCCCUUUCACUCCAGAAGGAACAACGAAUCCUUCGACGACUUGGUGGCUGUCCAUUUAUUGUUCGAUGCUUUGGUGAUGCAUUGAGCAUUGAUGAAAAAGGGGAGGUGGUUUACAACUUGUUUCUUGAAUAUGCUCCCCGUGGAGAUCUUUUCGACUUAAUAACCAAACGAUAUGGGGGCAAGAUACCGGAAUGUAAUGCCAGGUUCUAUGCGAGGAUGCUGGUUCUAGGGCUUCGGAAUAUUCAUGAGAGAGGCUAUGUUCACUGUGAUCUCAAGCCAGAAAACAUCCUUGUUUUUCCUUUUGAUCUCAACGGUUUGAUUAAUGGUCUAAAAAUUGCUGAUUUUGGCCUGGCUAGGCAACCUGGAGAAAGAGUAGAUGGGCCACCUGGGAAGGUAAAUUUUCCAGGUACAGCGGUUAACAUGCCACCAGAAUCAGUUGAGAAUGCGAAAAUCAGUGCUUCAUUAGAUAUAUGGUCACUAGGGUGCGUUGUUCUCCAGAUGAUUACUGGAGAACCACCAUGGGAAUAUGAGAACCUAACGGAUCUGGCCAUCAAGCUUUUUCAUUCCAGGAAUCCACCAAAAAUACCAGAAAACAUGUCAAGCGCAGGAAAAGAUUUCUUGAUGAAGUGUUUUGCACGGAAUCCUAGUGAAAGGUGGACUGCUGCUAUGCUGUUAAACCAUCCAUAUCUCCUUCCAGACUUGCCAUCUCAAACAAACUCUCUUCACCGUGCUCAAGCUGGUAGUCGCCUUCCUUCGAUGAAACAUCAAACGAUGCAAUUUAACUAG